CUAAGGGCACUGCCGCCAGGCUGACAGACCAAGCGGCAAGAUUUCACUCUGGUGCUGCUUUUAUGCUCACGCCUUUCAGGUUGCUCUGGGCAGGGUUACUUGGCGCUGCACAAACUGGCCGUUCCGUCCCCGAGCAUCCCGUGAAGCUCUCGGGGAGGCAGUGGGCGGUGACGGCGCAGACGCUGCCAGACGGGCUCAGAUUUGUGCUGCCUCAUUGCCCUGCCACGCUUUGGCUAGGUUUUCGCCAUGGGCUGUGCUGUCAGCAGGACGUGGGCCUGCCGGUGAGCUCAGGCUGCCAUGAAGAGCGGUUUGAGUGCAGGUACACAGAGAGAGAACAGUGCAAAUAGGGGACAGCUUAGAUUGGAAGGGGUCUUCCUGCUGGGCACGGUGCAGGGGUGCCCAGCUGUUGUGAAUCCAUCUGGGAGGAAACUUUAGUGCAGUCUGGAGGUAAGUAAUGGUAUGCAGAGGAAAGCUGUGAGUGCUGUUGGUUUGUGGCAGCCCCGAUGGGGCAGGGUCUGCCCUGGGCCUCCCUAAAAGGCACCAAGGAGGGCAGACCUGGGCCUCUUCUGUGCCAGCAAGCUUUGCCGAAUGCUGUGGGUUGUUAAUGUGUUGUGCCACAGCUUUGUGGGAAGGAGAGCAUCCGUGGGUCAGGCUGUUUGUGAUCCGUCGAUGCACCUCUAAAGGGCAACAAGCUCUUCAGCUUUAAUUGUGGAAGGGACCUUUUGCACAGAGCAGUGAGCAACAGAUGAGGAAUUUCAAAGAGCUGGCAAAACUAAUUUGUUAAAUUGCCUUCUCCCUGUUUGUGCUGCAGGUCUGGUAGCCUGGCAUUUUUCAUCCUGCAGAAUGUCUUGUGUGUCAGAGGAAACCCUGCCUCUGUGCCGUGUCUGCCCUCUUGCCAUCUUUGCUGCCUCACAAACCAGCAAAAAAUUAAUCUAGAGAUUAUUCAACACUGCAGAGAGCUGCAAAAGGAUGAGAUAGAAGCCGUGCUGGAAUUUGGCUGAACAUUUUCCAGUGUUCUGCUGUGUUCUGGGAGUUGAAGGGACCUCAUUCCGUUGCAGGAGGAGAGUGUGGAUUGGAUUGCUUAGGUGUUGGUUUUGAAUCUUCCCAGGCUUUGUGUGAAAUCAUCUGAAUUGCUGUUUCAAAGGCACAAAAGAGUGGCUGCAUGGAGUGCUCCUGCAUACGUACUUCUCCUUGGUGUAACCACAGGGAAGCCUUCUGGACGAAGACAUUUAUUUUGGGGGAUUGAUUUGGUGUGCUGUCCUUAAAUCUGCAAAUCAAUAGACUGAUUUUCACAUCAGAAGAAUGUAAGAUGCAGCCCAAAAGUUCCUUGUCAUCAGCUAGUAGGAAGCAAGACUUAAAAAAAUGUGGGAAUUGGUCUUUGCCCAGACUUAAGGCUGGAGCUGGAUGCUGUAUUAACAGGAUACUUCUUAUUGUCUGGAGGGCUGAGGUAGAAGUCUGGGCUCCAGGACUGGAUGGGACUUGCCAGGCUAGGUGGAGGUCUGGGCUCUCUGGCCAACUAAGUCCUGUUUGCUCUUUUCACAGGGGCUGCUGCUAGCACAUCUGUUCCCCUGAUUCUUGCUGUUGGAGGAAGCCAGUCAUGGGGGAAACAGGCAAAGAAGAGUAUAAAAUACAGUCGUUUGAUAUUGAGACUCAGAAGCUGCUGAAAACAGCACUCAAAGGUAUCCUGGAGCAAGCAAGGCACAAGAAAUAUUGGAUCCAGACAGUAUUUCUCCUCUCUACAGACCCCAGCAAUGUGGACCUGGACAAAGUGGCCAAUGUUAUAGUUGACCAGUCCCUCAAAGACUGUGUGUUCAGCAAAGAGGCAGGGCGCAUCUGCUACACCAUCAUCCAGGCAGAGAGCAAACAGGUUGGCCAGAGCAUCUUCCGGAGGAGCCUGCUGAACCGGCUGCAGCAGGAGUACAAGGACAGAGAGGAUUUGCGCAACCGGUCGCUGCAGGCGUGGAUCUGCUACGUCACGUUCAUCUGCAACAUCUUUGACUACCUGAAGGUGAACAACAUGCCCAUGAUGGCUUUGGUGAACCCUGUUUACGACUGUCUGUUCCGACUAGCACAGCAUGAUAGCCUGCAGAAGGAAGAAGAGGUGGACUGCUUGGUCCUACAGCUCCACCGCAUUGGUGAACAGCUGGAGAAGAUGAACUCCCAGCGGAUGGAUGAGCUCUUCUCACUCCUUCGAGAUGGCUUCCUUUUACAGGAGGGGCUCAGCUCCCUGUCACAGCUCCUGCUGCUGGAGAUCAUUGAGUUUCGGGCUGCUGACUGGAAGAUGACAGACGCUGCCCAGAAAUAUUAUUAUAGCGAAGUGACAGAUUAAGCCCUCUACAGCAGAGGUGGAGAGAUGUCCACAGCACUUUCACCAGCAAGCUUCAUACCAAGUUUGAAUUUCUUUUCUUUUUUUAAGCACUUCUUGUAAAUAGGAUUUAUCCUGGCUAAAGCCUCUGGGUAUUUAACUGUCAUCUAUCAGUCUGUGACCGGUGCUAGCCUGAUUUUGGAUAUUUAGGCAGGGGGGCACACUGAAACCAGCAAGUUCUUCCACUCAUUUUGUUUAAUGAUGGGCUGCUGCCAGCAGAAGGCAAGGAAGGCUUAAACCAGCAUUUUAUACAAGUAUUAAGGAAAGCUGAGAGCAUGGUGGUUGAGCCAAGAGCCAACACUGCUGAGGGAGGCAAAGGAGAAAUGUUUCACAGCUCACAGUCCCAGACCAGGUUGUUUAGGAAAAGUUACAGAAAAUACUGUGGUCAGAUACAUCACAAAUAGCUCACCAAAUUGCUGCUUUCCACUGAUUACUUCCAGCAGACUGGCAGUAUCUGCAUAGGUGUAUGACUGUGGGUCGUUAGCUACCAAUAUCUGCUGGCAGUCUUCAGCAGGAUAAGGGUUCUCGAGCACAUGUAGCUAGAAGCAAGUUUUUUUUAUGUUUUAUAUAGUAACUGUUCUGGGUCUUUUCAAAAUCUAUUAAGGUUCAAGUAUGGUAUGUUUGUAUAUGGUAUGAGAAUAAGAAUGGGGAAGGAAGAAAGAAAACAAAAUAGUCUAUUGGGUGUCUUUUGUAAUAAAAGUUUUCCACUAAUA